UGGCUUGUUUUACUGUGGUUUUAGGUUGAUGUUCUGAGGUGGAGCAAAGUUUGGUGUUUUAGCUUAUUUUAAAUGCUUAAAUUUUUAUAAGGUCACUACUCCCGACGGUCGUACUGUAGGCAUUUCCUAAGCAACUCUUGGAUAUCGCCCAUUAUCCAGUUCAAUAAGUUACAAGAAGAGUUAUCGAAAGCUAACGCGUGGUGCUGUGUAACAACAUAAAGAAGAGGAAAAAACAAGUGGCAAAGUGUGAUGAAAAGCUAUGAGAAAUUAGUUCAAUGUUGUGAGCCUUGAGAGGAUUACAUAAAUUUAGUUUUCCCCUGUGGCAGUCAAAAACGGGGAGUGUGAAGGAAGAAAGUGUGAAAGUGGAAAGCUCUUCUCGAGUGUAUAUCCAGCAAUGUAACCAAGUGUUUCAGCAAAUUGAUACCUCGACACAAUAGGAGAAAAAUCGUGUACAGUACAAGUGGCGAAAAUUAUUUUCUAUUUAUAACCCCCUCGGUUGAUCCUUGAUCCUGCGAUUGUCAGUCUACAAGUGGAAUCCAUCAAUCGAAGUGCACUCCAGUAACUAACGGAUAAUGGAUAUUGCAGCGUUUGCCUCGACGAUGGCCACCAAGGCAAGGGAUCGAGCCAGUCAACCGAAUGACCUGACCAGUGGGGAAACGUCCGGUUCACUCAAUGGAGCAACCGCUGCGGAUGCCCGAGCAACCAAGCUGAAGUCAUUCAUGGGGAAAACUCCGAGUGCAAUCAAAUCCAAAUUCCUGUCUGUGCUCGGUAACAGUACCGAGAUUAUCAACGGGAUAUCAAAUAAGAUAGACGCCGCUCUAAGUUUAUCAUCUUCGGAAGAUACUGAAACGACAGAACAUCGCAAUCAGGCAAAGGUAGACACCAUGCUGCGGAAAAAGUACGAAGCAGCGCACUGGAAGCACCCAGCUUCAAAUGCGCUUCGUCCCGCAGAUGAUCAUUCCGAGAGUCACCAAAUUGAUUUCGAACUUCGCCGAGCCAAAGAGAGGAGAGCCCAUGAAGAGGUGCUUUCGGGGCGCUACAGAAAUCCCGCAUUCAGCCAUCCAGCAACAUCAAACGGCAGUACACAACCGGUUCCAGUCAUGGAACGACCACCUUCAAACAGUAUUAGCACCGAGUUUAGUCAUAGUAAUUAUAGCAAUAAUUCCUGUUCAAUCGAUUCCAAAUCACCUCAACCCCUUCCCGAUGGAGAUAGUGACCUGGCAGUGGAAGUGAACUCGAAAUCCGUACCAGCAGUGGAAGCUGUUCCGUCCGUUAAGGACUUCGUAAGAGAACCUAAAAUUGGUAUUCCCAGCAGUGCCUCUACCAGCGACAAUGAGUCCUGCGUACUAAGUGCGACCCUGGAAUCCUCCGAGCUAAAGAUGUGGAUCCGGUCAGAGUCGGAAAAUUCGGUGCCAUCUUGGGCGUCGUCGAUAAGCCUCGACAGCCAAUCCGAGGAAGCGAUUCUCGAUUUUAUGAAACGGUUUGUGAAAGUUUUGUUUCGGGAAAGUUCCGCCAUUACGCUAGAACUGAAGUCGGACUUUGGACAAUAUGCGCGGACCGAAACUGGACGCUUGUGGUUUUCUCGUUUAGUUAAUGCACAAAGGGCAAAAUCGAAGCGAGUGGAUGAGUCGACGUUCUACUCCUUGGUUCAGUACUUUGCAAUCGUCCUGUUUGAGUGUGCCGAAAGCGAAGACUUCUCACCGGCCAAAACCCUAAUGAACAUGUGCUUUACAUUUUACCAUGACAUUGACGUUCCUGGUUGUGAACCUUACCGUGAGUACUUGUACACGUACCUUCGGGAUCAACCUAUUUGGCAUUCCCUUCGCUUCUGGAAUGCAGCCUUUUUUGAUGCUCUUCAAACGGAACGACAACAUCACCCAGUACCGCCUACGAAAGUGGUUAGUUCGGCUUCUCAGCAGCAGCAUAACAAGGAUGACGAAGCGAACAGUAGCAAUACACUCGUGGUGCCUGAAAAUGAUCGAUCUUCUUCGACAAGUGCCUGUGAUCGGACGGAUCCGUUCGAACUGCAGGAGGAUAAAAAGUAUCAUCAGAAUCUGAGCUUCGGACAAUUGGGGAGUUUCACCUGCAACAUGCAUGCAUUUGGAUUAGGCCGUGAGCUUUGUUACGAAUUUCUUAUGAAGCAGUGUGUCAUAGCAAACUUGAAUGCUGAGCAACAACAUCUACUCAAGGACAACGUUGAUCGGAUGUACCGUGAAACUGACCCCUGGCGUGAAAACUAGAGCAAACUUGACAACUUCAAGCAACAUGUGGCUGUUACCAAGUGUUUCAGAAUAAUUCUUCUUCGGCUUUAAUUCAAGAUAAAAUGGUAAAAUGAUUUU